GUAGAACACCGAAGGUGACAAGACUCCUUUGAAAAGAAGCACAAAGCAUGCCGCCACAAAAGUCUGGUGAUCUGAAAAAUCGCAAGUCAGCGGUGGGGGGAAAAGCAUCAAAAGCAUCAAAAGGUGACCUGAAAAAUCGCAAGUCAUCGUUGGGGGCGAAAGCAUCAAAAGAUGUGGGGAAAAUACCACCAGAGCAGAGCCCAAAAGGAAAGAGUUCAUCGGAUAAGUUCAAGUUGUUCUUACUAAACCAUUGGGCUCAACUGGUUGCCUUCUUGAUAUUCCUCUCUCUGCUUCUUCUUUUUUUAUGGUAUCUUCGGCUAUAUACUGUUGAACUAAAAAAGCUCUCUGAAAAAUAUCGUGCUGUGACAAGAAUCCAUGAAUUUAUGAAAAAUUACAAUGAAUCCUUUGAAGAGGUGAAUGAGACAGAAGCAAUGAAGGGAGUUGGACUAAUAUUGAACGAAGUGUCUGAUCUGAGAGCAACAAAUGCAGAAGUGCAGGCUGCGAUUGAUGGAGUCAUUCAAAUGAUGACCAAUGGAUGGGUAUCAUUUAAAAGUCACCUCUAUUUCUUCGAUAUAAGGUUAAACACUUAUGAUUUUGCGACAAAGGCCUGUAAAGCAGAAAACGCCAUUCCAGUUACCAUACUUACCGGAGAGGAGGAGCCUUCGAGCGGCCCCCUCCCUCCGGCCAAGCCGCACCUCUUGCCCAAUUUGCUGCGAGCCGCCAGUUGCAAAGGCUGGCCGGGAAUGCGGGAUUUGGGGGCCUCUUUAGAAGGAAGCACAGCUCAGUGCCUUUAA